AUGUUUUGCUCCAGGAGAUUGUUACAGCAGUGGUGCUUUGCUGUGUUCUUAUUGUGUUCUCCUGUUCCACACUAUGGAAGACCCAUUGAUGCUCUCAGCAACAGAAUAAAGCGCUCUGUGACCCAUGCUCAGCUGAUGCAUGAUAAAGGCCGGACGCUCCAGGACCAGAAGCGACGUAUGUGGCUGCAGGAACUGCUGGACGAGGUACACACAGCCGAGAUCCGCGAACUGCCCGUGCGCAGUGGCAUCAGCAGUGGUGGUGGUGGUGGAAAUACUGUUGGUAUACCUUUGGGUGUGGGCAUGGGUAUUAGCCCAGGCACCAUCCACCCAAAACCUGCAGGGGGCACCAAGAACCUUCCCAUCAGCUUUCGCGUGGAGGAUGAGGAGGGCACCAAUCUACCACAGGAGACCAACAAGUCUCAGACGUAUAAGGAAGGUGCACUAAAAGUUGCCGGGAAGAAGAAGAAGAAAGGGCGCUCGGGCAAACGACGAGAAGGGGAGAAGAGGAAGCGGCGGGCCCGCUCACUGGCAUGGGCACUGGCCCAAGAGCUGGGGAGUGGCUACCACCUGGAGUGGCGGUCAUACCUGGGCCAGAAUGGAGCGGUGCACUAG